UAAAAAGUAAAGUUAGUUUCGAAGAAGGAACCAGUUUUGUUCCCACUUUCCUAAGUUACCUCCUCGCUCCCGUCUCUCAAAUUUCGAGGGUUUCUGUUUCUGGUGCUUUUUCGUUUGGUGAAUCAGCAAUUCGGAACCAGUUAGCAAUGUUCAGAUUCUGGGGAUCACAAGAGCAACAAUCGCAGGAUGGUUCUUCGCAAUCACAAUCGUGGUAUCCGCCAUCGGUGGCGAGCACACCAACAUCGUCGAGGCCUCUUACACCGUCUGCGUCAUCAUCUUCCUUGCAGAGGACUUCGUCGAAUGUUCCACCUUCCGAAGCUGCUGGAGUUAUUGCCAUUUUGAAGGACAAGAGUGCUGAUGAGUUGCGGAAGCUUUUAUCUGACAAAGAUGCGUAUCAACAGUUUUUGCAUUCGCUUGAUCAGGUCAAGAUUCAAAAUAAUCUGAAAGAUGAACUUUGCAAGGAGAAUUUACAGCUUGCAGAGGAAAAUCUUCAAAAAGAACCUCGCAUCAUGGAACUUAGGAAUCAAUGUAGAAUAAUUCGGACAACUGAGUUGGCUGCUGCUAAAGAGAAACUAAAUGAGCUUGAGAAGCAGAAAGAAGAAAUGUUGAAGUUGAAUUCCCCAGCAUCUCUUAUCCAAAGGAUUCAAGAGUCUGCGAAUAAGACUGACGAGGAAUCUGAAAAUCUGCACCAGCAUCUCCUGGACAGAGAGAUUGACCUUGGGGCUUUCUUGCAAAAGUACAAGAAGCUACGUACCACUUACCACAGGAAAACUCUCAUACAUUUAGCCGCUAAAACAUCAACAAUAUGAGUACUUACGUAUUUGAUUUUUGCUUCAUUAUUGUCUAUAGUUAUCUGUUGGUCAAAGAUACUUGUCACCAUAUAAAGUCGCAGUCGUUGGGAUAGCCAUCUACUAGAAAUGAGAUUGUUCAUAUAUGUACAGCCUUAGAUGGUGACAUUUGCGAGUACCGCUUGAGAUGUUGUUUGGACUUGUCUUCAGUUCUUCACUGUUUCUUUUUGGUUUGUGAUUGGCUGGCUACCUUCAAACAUUAUUUGUAUGAACUCCGAAGUACAUGCUGUAAGAGAUCAUCGUCGUUGACAUAGGAUUUACUGUCGUGUGUUGUAAAAUGUAAACAAAUGCUGUACUUUCUUUUCUUUGGGAGCAAUAAGUUUUUCAGAACUCA